AAUUAUUUUUUAACACUGACGGUCGAGCUAUCGCAGAGCAGCCACUGCUGUUUAAUAGUAAAGCGAUAUACAACGCAGCGAACAAGUGCUGUUUCGAUUUUCGACGUUGCGGGUGCGAAUCGGUUUGUUUUUUGGAACUAUCUCUUUACAACACCACAUUUCUGAAAAAACGGUCGAUUUGGGCCAGUGCAAGCGGAAAAGGUUUUCGCUAUUGAUGUUCUACUGAUUGUGCCUAAAGUGUUUUUAUAUCCACGAAAAAAAAUUUAAGUACGAGCCCUGGCAGGACAGCGCCCCGUCUUGUGAUAGUUUGACUUCCCACCGAAGCCAGCCGACUUGGCUACCAAUUUCUCACCGAAGAACUCCUCAAGGAAAAGCCGUCAAAAUUUCGCCCUAACCAAAAUCAUCCCAACCCCACCAUCCCUCCUCUUAUCACCAGCUCCAGCGCAAUAGCAAAAGGGGGAAACGCACCUACGUAAACCCUCGAACGCACACACACACAAGCACCAUGGGCAGUAUAUCGCGAUGUUUGGUCGCGACAUUUUUGCUUUUCUUCACAGUAUUAAAGAAUGUCGACUGUGAUGCCCCCCUCGUAGAUUCGGCCGCCCUGCCGCUGGAGCACAGAGCCGUCUAUGGACCGCCAGCACCAUCACCAGUAUAUGGAACGCCUGGUUUGUUGAGUGGCGGCGGCGGCGGUGGCAGUAGCAGCAGUAGCGGCAGCGGUGGUAGCGACGAUCCGUGGCCUCUGUCCGCAACGAACGAUAGUCCCCAGAUUAAGCACCUGCAGGUGCAAUGCGAAAAGACGCACAUGCGCGUCAACAUUGAAUUCGAUCGACCCUUCUACGGUAUGAUCUUCUCGAAGGGAUUCUACAGUGAUCCACACUGUGUUCAUCUGAAACCGGGAACCGGACAUCUGAGUGCAACAUUCGAAAUCUUCCUGAACAGCUGCGGCAUGAGCAGUUCGGCUAACCACAAUGCCGCUAGCUUUGGAUCGCCAACCCCGUCCGGUAGCUACGUGGAAAACACGAUCAUCAUUCAGUACGAUCCUUACGUACAGGAGGUGUGGGAUCAGGCUCGCAAGCUGCGUUGUACGUGGUACGAUUUCUACGAGAAGGCCGUCACGUUCCGUCCGUUCCAAGUCGAUAUGCUUCAUGCUGUAACUGCCAACUUCCUGGGAGAUAACCUGCAAUGCUGGAUGCAAAUUCAAGUCGGCAAGGGUCCGUGGGCCUCCGAGGUUUCGGGUAUCGUGAAGAUCGGUCAAACCAUGACCAUGGUACUGGCAAUCAAGGACGAUGAAAACAAGUUCGAUAUGUUGGUACGCAACUGUGUUGCUCAUGAUGGAAAACGCGCUCCAAUCCAGCUGGUUGAUCAACAUGGUUGCGUUGUUCGGCCGAAGAUCAUGAGUAAAUUCCAGAAAAUCAAGAACUUUGGACCAUCGGCUUCGGUAGUAUCGUUUGCUUACUUCCAAGCGUUCAAAUUCCCAGAUUCCAUGAACGUACAUUUCCAAUGUGUUAUCCAAGUUUGUCGGUACAAUUGUCCAGAACCGAAGUGCGGCGGAGGAGACUACGGUCUUCCAGCGCUAUCCGGUAACGGUAUCUCCAGUGAAUACGGAGCCCCAGGAGCAUUAAGUGGAGAAUACGGACCGCCGUCAUUGCCGGAAUAUGGAGUACCACCAGCCUACCCGGAUCCACGACAUCCAGCUGAUGCCGCCGGAGCAUACUCAGAGAAUCAGGAUAGCGUGGUACCGCCACCACAGGCUCAGACAUCAGGAAACUCUGCCGAAAAUAAGGAUAGUCAAAGUCAAUCGGAUGCAUCGCAGGCAAAUCAAAGCCAGAACCAAAUCCAAAAUGAAAUUCAUGACAACAUCAACCUGCCGCCGCCUCCUCCACCAGGUCAGUCCUAUGUGACAGUAACCAAGAGAAAGGAUGACAUGGUCAACGAAGGUAACCUCGUCAGUCUCGGUGGUCGUCCACGAUCGGUUGAAGGCCUAGACGAUCUACGGGGUGCUCGUCGACGACGCGAAACCAUGACGGUUAUUGUGAAGCCACGAAUCUACAAACGCGACGCUCAAGAAAUGACCGAUGUCAACACGGAACGGGUCAUCCAGGUGGUUGCACCAGGUGAUGUGAACUUUGCUUUGAACAGUGCUGCCAACAACGAAACCGUCGUGAUUCAAUCGCAACGCACGGUUGAUCCGGAAACGAUCUGCAUGUCCGUACCAAGCUUCGUUGGUGGACUGGUGAUGUUGCUGUUAGUGCUAGCGGUGGCUUCGCUGGUAGCCGCGUUCCUCUUCGUCCGGGUGAGACACUUCGAUCGUAAAGCUAACCACAUGCCACUGUCCAGGUAAAACAGCUCACACGUGUUCCUGGUGGCACAGUAAAAAAACAAGCUUCAGCCCAUCUCCCAGUACACAACGACGUUAUUGCAUGUGGAACUACGCUAUUGGUUAUGUUUUGUUUUGUUAGAUGCUUAUGGUUUCUGGCCAGGGGUCCUUCAUUCCACCACGAGAGAACGGACCAUGCCUCGAAGGACGAAGCAGCUUGCUUACUUGGUGGAGUUCAGCGAAGCAUGUUAACAUUUUAGCCAACGUAUAUAAAACAAAAGUAACGCCAAAGUCCUAUAAUGCCUCUUCUCAAAAUCUUAGUGACAUCUGUAUUUAAACGAUGAAACUAUUACCAAUCCGAUGGACUUACGCUAUCACUUCACUAAUUUGAACCCAAAAAGUAACAUUUAAACUACAAAAAAGAGGAGACUAACCUAACCCAUUGAUCUGAUAUCUGAUACCCAUAAACAUAUCUACUCCAUGGCGCUAACAUCCUCCAUUCCCUUCUAACCUAUUCAUUUUUGCGAUUAAUUUAUUCAAAAUUCCUCGUUUCCCCAUCAUUUCCCGACAACAUACAUUCCAUAAGGGAACACUGUAUUCAGAACAUUUGACUCGUCAGUUUGACAUUGACGUUCGCAGUCGGAUCGAUUGACGUUUCUCAAUGUUUCGGAAACAUUGUUGCCAGAUGAAUAGUCAUUACCAACCGGCGGUAUUAUCGACGCACCUUACCUCGAGUAUGCCUCUGGAAUGGAAAACUUCAUUAGAUCCCCAGUUUUCAGCAAAAAAAAAACGAUAAUUAAUGUAAAACGUGUAGAAAUAUAAAUUAUCAAUGAUUUUCAAAACUGUCAGUAUGUUAUAGUGUUUUGAGUAGCCUGUUUAACUAGAUCCGGAUGGUGUUAGCAUGUGCUCACCCCUCCGGAUCUGAUAUAAGUAUCUUUGAAUCUAAAGAACACCUAUUUAUUUGCUUUAAUUGUAGUUCCCAUUGUUUCCUGGCUGGUACAUAGAUUCACCUUAACUCUAGCUGAACAAUCGAUAUACGCGCACUAACUUUUCUGAACAAAAAUAAAAAAAAAGCUUCUGCCAAUAACACCAGUGGUUCGGUAACGACUGUAAAACACCUACCAAUUAUUAUAGAUAAAACAGUCUUCAACUAGCACCUCCUCCCCCUCCCCUCUUAGCUUUCCUUACGAUACGAUUAGUAACGAUGGCGCCAACUAGUCUAGUCGCCAGAAUUUUCCUUUUAGUAAAAGUGAAACGAGCUCGAUUUCCAACUGUUCGAUGCCAAUCAGUGUUCCGACUGCUGAUGUACUUGUAAACUUUUGUUAGGUUCAACAUAGUAGACGCUCACGAGUAUUAGGAUUUUUCACAAUGAAUUCAGCAAGCACAAGCACGCCCUGCUAUAGGCAGAAAGAAAUAACAGUAUUUACAGCUAAAAUGAACAAAUAAUGGUAGCGAUUAUAGUGCAGGCAUUUCGAGUAUACAAAAAAAAACAAAUGCACCAGUGACCAAAUUUGAAGUAGAAACAAUAGAAAAGUCGAGGCCCCAACCUUUUCUUUAACGGCAACACUGGCUCUAGAGAAAGCUAACAUUUGCUUUCUUUUGAUAAACAGUUGUGAACGAUUAGCGGAAAAUAAUCAAGAAAAAUCUAACAAUUAUCACGGUUACAUUAGGAAAAUUAAAAUAAAAUAGAUUUAGCAAAAAAACAAAAGUACGAAAAAAAAACCUUAAAAAUGAAAAUGUGAAAAACAUUAAAGUAUGUUUAUUGAGCGACAAGGUAACGAGACAACGAGUAAAAUGGAAGAAAUAUCUUUGUAAAUAUUUAUUUAAAGAGAUAGUUAACAAAUAAAGAAAA